AUGGAUAACGAUUCUGAUACGAUGUCAAUCUCUGAAGAAGAUUCUAUGUCUGACGAUGGAAUAGAAUCAGACUAUUCACGUUCAACUAUAGAAGUAAAUCUAUCAGAUUAUGAAGAUUUUGAGGUGUUAUCGUUGGAUGGUGGAGAAUUUGAGUAUAAAAUUAACGAUAAACAGUUAGUUAAUAAUUUGAAGUGGAUAUGUUAUGAGCGUGAAAAACCAUGUUGCGUUGUGCAGUGUUUCUAUCAAGUUACAAACAUUAAACUGUGUAAUUUUUGUUUUUACCAAGUAAUGGUGAAUUUUGAAGAAAAUGUAAACCCACACCACAUUAAUCAGCAUUUUACUGGUAGUGUAGACUCAAUUUUAAACAAUUUAUACUUGUGUGAAUCUUGUAAAGUAUCAUUAUAUGUAAUGUGCUUAGCACAGUAUUGUGUAACCUGUAAUAAUGUAUCAUUAUAA